AAAAUAAACAACACGAUUCCCAAAAACCAAAAGAAAGAUAAAGCAAAAAAAAAAAAAAAAAUGAAGAAUGUGAAUCGAGUCUUCUUCUGCAAAUCACUCUCUCUCGUCUUCCUCGUUCCUUCUUUCACUCGUUCUCAUCUCCGAUUCACUUACUCCGCCGCCGGAGCUUCUUCUCCGAAUCUAGCUAUUCACUGCAUGGCUUCCGAUUCCCCUCAAUCCGGAGAUAGUUCCGUCUCUUCUCCUCCUAAUGUCGCCGCGGUUCCCACUUCUUCUUCUUCGUCCGCUUCUUCCGCCAUUGAUUUUCUCUCUCUCUGUACUCGUCUCAAGACAACUCCAAGAGCUGGAUGGAUUAAGAGAGAUGUCAAAGAUCCAGAAUCAAUAGCGGAUCACAUGUAUCGGAUGGGUCUUAUGGCUCUAAUUUCUUCAGAUAUCCCUGGUGUUAACAGAGACAAAUGCAUGAAAAUGGCAAUUGUUCAUGAUAUCGCAGAAGCCAUUGUAGGAGACAUUACACCGUCUUGUGGGAUCUCUAAAGAAGAGAAAAACCGAAGAGAAAGCGAAGCGCUUGAACACAUGUGCAAACUCUUGGGUGGAGGAGAAAGAGCCAAAGAAAUCGCUGAGCUUUGGAGAGAAUACGAAGAGAACUCUUCACCUGAAGCCAAAGUUGUUAAAGAUUUCGAUAAAGUUGAGCUGAUACUACAAGCUUUGGAAUAUGAACAAGAGCAAGGGAAAGAUCUAGAAGAGUUUUUCCAAUCAACCGCAGGGAAGUUCCAGACUGAUAUAGGCAAGGCUUGGGCAUCGGAGAUUGUUUCAAGAAGACGAAAACAGCAUUAGUUCUCACUUCACUCUUUUUUUUUUUUUUUUUUGUGUUUCUUAACGUCUAGUGUUCUCAGUGGAGUUCAAAUAGUCAUACGUUUCAUUUUAAGAUUUGUAAUGUUUCUUUCUAAUAAUCUUCGUAGCUGGCUUUACUUGUUUUGUUACUAUCACUAAUGAAAGAUAGCUACUGAC